AUGGCGAAGAAAGCCAAGGAUCAGGCCGCCUCGCAGGCGUCGGCCUCGCAGCCUGCCACCGGCAAGGACAAGGACAAGGGCAAGGAUAAGGCCAAGGACAAAGAUGCGCCCAAGGGCAAGAAAGGCGCCCCGUCUCUCAUCGAACAGGCCGCCGGCCCGGUCGGCCCUCCGAAGCCCACGGCAAAACAGAUCAUCGGCGGCGCAUCCUGGACUGGCAAGCUGCCCGUCAACCUGUUCAACGAGUACUGCCAGAAGCAGCAGUGGGAGAAGCCCGACUACAACAUGCGCAAGACGCCCGAGGGUUACUCUUGUCUCAUCACCCUCAGCGCCAAGGACCCCAAGACCAAGGAGAUGAUCAGGCUGGAGCCGUUUAAGAUCCCCGCCGACCUGCUGCAUCUGCUCACCAAGCCUACUGCCCUCGAGGCCCGGCACUUUGCUGCCACGUAUGGUCUCUUUCGCGUCUGCAGCAUGCAGAACAAGCAUACCGUUUUGCCUCCCGACUACAAGGUUCUCUGGAAGGACUUUCAGGCGCUCAAGCAAAAGGACGUCAAGGAAGGCAAGGCUUGGAUGUACGAUGCGGACCCCUUCAAGACGAUCCGCGAACGACAAGAAGCCAAGGCUGCUGCCGAAAAGAAGAGAAAGGAAAUCGAGAGAGUCAAGGAGAAGGCAAAGUCCAUGCCGGGCGCUGCUGGCCUUGUGCUCGCCGGCGGCAGCGGCGCUGGCUCCUUUAACCCCAUGAAGGGGUGGACCUCUGUGCCCAAGAUCGAGAUGGGCCGCAAAUCCCGAGUCCAGGUCGAGUCUCUGAUUCAGAAAUAUGUCGUUUGGAACCCGAACAAGGUCCUCAUGGCUCCUCCGCAGAGACAGGUCGUUGUCGAAGACCUCAGCAAGCUAGGCUUUCGACGUAGCCACAUUGAAGAGGCUGUGGACAUUUGCAAGGAUCGCGAAGAGACGUUGGAAUGGCUCCUGAUUCACGUGCCCGAAGACGACAUCCCUCCUUGGGCUCUCCCCGAGAGCUAUUCCGCCGGCAUUUCAGUCGGAUCUCUGGACCUCAAGAAGGAGGCUGCUGUGAAGCGCUUGGCCGAAUCUGGAUAUGCCUUGGACUUGUGUGCACGCAUCUUCGAGGAGACUGGGUGUGAUGAAAGCAAGGCGGCUGAGACGUUGCAAUGCCGGCUCUUGGGCCAGUCUAUUGAAGACUGGACUGCGAUAGCACCAUCAGACAUUCUCCCUCCAGACAUGACAGCAGACGAGGUUUGGGAUGACGAGGUUGUGGCGAUGGAGUCCUCAUUCGGCGACCUUGUCACCAAGAUGUCCGAAGAUAUUAUCCAAGUCAAGCUGGAGUCGGUAACAAAUGGGUCAAAGACAAACGUGAAUACGGUCCUUCAGAUCCGCAAGUCGCCAAGCUAUCCUGUUCACCUCGUCAUCACGGUGCUGGCGCAAUUGCCCGCCCAGGCGAAGCUCUCGGUCAUCAAACAGACACUGGCCUAUGUUCAGGAGGCUUAUGGCGCGGAUCCGAUGAAAGUGUUCGUCGCGGCCGACUGGGCUCAGCAAAACAUCAACCGCAUCAUUGAGAACCCUGGAAAGCUGGUGGAGAUCUCAUCUGUUAGCUCCACCGCCUCCGAAGCCCCUGGGACCGUACCUCAGCUGCAACGACACAGCGGCAAGCUUUCCAGGAAACCCAGGCCAAUAGACUGGACGCCGAACCCCCGCAGCCGGGACCAAUGGCUCAAGAGACAAGAGACCCCUGAGUACAAGAAGAUGAUGGCGAAGAGACAGUCACUUCCCGCAUGGCAGGUCCACGAAAAGAUCAUCCAGACUGUUGCCCAGAACCAUGUGACCAUCAUCAGUGGAGAGACAGGUUCGGGCAAAUCGACCCAGUCCGUCCAGUUCCUCCUAGACGACCUAUAUAACCAAGGCCUUGGCACAAGCGCCAACAUGCUGGUGACGCAGCCGAGGCGAAUCUCCGCACUUGGUCUUGCCGACCGCGUUGCAGAAGAGCGGUGCUCGCGAGUUGGAGACGAAAUUGGUUACACUAUUCGAGGCGAGUCAAAACGAAGCCAACAGACGCGCAUCACAUUUGUGACGACUGGUGUGCUUCUGCGCCGCCUCCAGACAUCAGGGGGACGGGUCGAGGACGUGAUAGCGUCGCUGGCAGACGUCAGUCACAUCGUGAUUGACGAGGUUCACGAACGCAGCUUGGACACGGAUUUCCUGCUGACCAUAGUGAGGGAGGUCAUGUCCACGCGCAAGGAUCUUCUCAAGCUCGUCUUGAUGAGUGCAACGCUCGACGCAGCCUCCUUUGAGAAUUAUUUCCGCUCACAGGGCCUCCGAGUUGGUCUCGUAGAGAUCGAGGGCCGGACUUACCCCGUGGAAGACUACUACAUGGAUGACAUUAUCAGUAUGACUGGGUUCAAAGCAGACGCAUAUGAUUCACGAAGCGAAACUCUGGGCCAGACAAUCCAGAAGCUCGGUCACCGUAUCAACUACAGCCUUUUGAACGAGACAAUCUCGACCAUUGAUCUCGAGCUGUCGUACCAGGAGAAAGAAGGAGGCAUUCUGGUGUUCCUGCCUGGCGUUGCCGAGAUUAGCCAAACGUGCCGGGCACUUUCAUCUAAUUCGUCACUGCAUGUUCUCCCCCUACACGCCUCUCUGGAGACGAGGGAACAGAAGCGGGUGUUUGCUAGGGCGCCCCCAGGCAAGCGGAAGGUUGUGGUGGCAACGAAUGUCGCAGAAACAUCCAUCACAAUCGACGACAUCGUGGCAGUUGUUGACUCUGGCAAGGUCAAGGAGACGACCUAUGACGCACAGAACAACAUGAGGAAGCUUGAGGAGAUGUGGGCAUCCAGAGCAGCUUGUAAGCAGAGGCGAGGUCGUGCAGGCCGUGUACAGGCUGGAAAGUGCUACAAGCUGUACACGCGCAACUUGGAGAUGCAAAUGGCGGAGCGGCCGGAACCUGAAAUCAGGCGUGUACCCUUGGAGCAAAUGUGCCUGUCGGUACGUGCCAUGGGCAUGCGAGACGUUGCCGCCUUUCUCGGGCGAUCGCCGACGCCGCCCGCGAGCACGGCUGUGGAUGGGGCCAUCAAAAUGCUGCGACGAAUGGGCGCUCUCGACGGGGACGAGCUCACGGCACUCGGGCAACAGUUGGCCAUGAUCCCGGCCGACCUCCGGUGCGCCAAGCUCAUGGUGUACGGGUCCAUUUUCGGAUGUCUCGACGACUGCGUUACCAUUUCAGCAAUUCUCAGCACAAGAAGCCCAUUCUUGUCUCCGCCGGACAAACGAGACCUGGCAAAGGAGGCUCGCAUGCGGUUCGAGCAAGGCGAUGGUGAUCUGCUCACUGACCUGGCGGCAUACAAAGAGUGGGACAGCAUGAAGCGCAACGGAACACCUCCGCGGCAGCUUCGCAAUUUCUGCGACGACAACUUCCUGUCCUACCUGACGCUCACAGACAUUUCCGCAACGCGACAGCAAUUUUAUGGCGCACUGGGCGAGAUGGGCGUGGCGUUCGACCACGAGACGCGAGGCGAGGCACCGGCAUCACAGGGCUAUGCAUCACGAAUCAUGCUGCGUGCGCUCACAGCAUCGGCUUUCAGCCCGCAGAUUGCGCGGAUCCAGUUUCCAGACAAGAAAUUCGCCAAUUCCAUGUCAGGCGCGGUCGAGCUCGACCCGGAGGCGCGAGCAAUCAAGUAUUUCACGGAGGAGCAGGGGCGGGUGUUCGUGCACCCGAGCAGCACCAUCUUCGGUAGCCAGAGCUUCUCCGGCAGCGCGGCGUUCAUGUCGUACUUCAGCCUCAUCUCGACGAGCAAGACGUUCAUUCGCGAUCUCACACCCUUCAAUGCGUUCACGCUGUUGCUCUUUUCGGGCGCAAUCGAACUGGACACGAUGGGGCGGGGGUUGGUGGUGGACGGCUGGCUGCGGCUGCGAGGAUGGGCGAGGGUGGGCGUGCUUGUGUCGCGACUCCGCGGCAUGGUGGACGACGUGAUCCGUUUGAAGGUGGAGAGGCCAGAGGUGGACUUGCGGGACAACGACGUGCUCAAGGCGGUUGCCAAGUUGAUUGAGCAUGAUGGUUUGGAUGCGUAA